UAUACAACCAAAUUAUACGCUUGACAUUUCAUACUAAAAAGUAGGUGAAUAAUUCUAAUAGAUGUAACUGACAUUUGUAUUUGUGUAUUUUGAAAAUGAUAAGGACGGUUAAAUAAAAAUGAAAAGUACAAUGGAUGGCCAAGAGGAACCGACAACGCAAGUUACCGAAGAUGAUACAUCGAAAGUUACCGAAGAUAAUAUUCUACCACAAGUCUACAAAAGGCGUUGGAUUAUACUUUUUUUGUUUUCAUUUGUUUCGUUGACCAACAGCUUCCAAUGGUUACAUCUGAACAUAAUAGGAGAUGUGUUACUCAACUAUUACAAUGCCAGUUUGCCAGAGGACAAAUUUCAACAGGAGACUGCUCUAGAUUGGCUAUCUAUGGUCUACAUGCUAGCGUAUAUACCGCUAAUCUUUCCAUUAACAUGGCUUCUAGACAAAAAAGGACUUAGGGUUGUGAUUAUUUGCGGAAGUUUCCUGAAUGCAGUUGGCGCUUGGAUUAAAGUAGCAUGUGUUAGCCCCGAUCGUUUUGCGUUAUUGAUGUUCGGCCAGUCUGUUUGUUCGGUAGCUCAGGUUUUUAUACUUGGUAUCCCUGCGAGACUUGCAGCAAUAUGGUUUGGUCCAAACCAAGUAUCAACAGCAACAUCUUUAGGUGUAUUUGGCAACCAGAUUGGUGCAGCUGUAGGAUUUUUACUUCCUCCGCUACUGGUGAAAUAUAGUCCCGACAUAGAUCUGGUCAGCAGCCGUUUAUAUACUUUGUUUUAUAUUGGCGCUGGCGUCACAACGCUUCUCUUUUUAUUGGUUUUAGUUAUUUUUAAGAAAGAACCCCCACAACCACCAAGUAGAGCCCAGUUGUUAGCAGUAAGAAAUGCUGCCAGUCAACACUACGGUAAAUCCCUGCUGAGAUUAUUAAAAAACAGAGGAUUUCUUCUACUGGUAUUAACUUAUGGGAUAAACACAGGAGCAUACUACGCAAUAGCAACAUUAGUGAAUCCCGUCGUUUUGAAUUAUUUCCCGGGUCAUCAAAAAGAAGCUGGAGAAAUAGGAUUGACAGUGGUUAUUGCUGGAAUAGUAGGAGCUAUACUGGCUGGAGUAUGGCUUGAUAAAACUAAAACAUUCAAGGGAACAACCGUUGGUAUAUAUUUGCUGUCGUUAGCUGGUAUGGUGGCAUUUACUUUCACAUUGAAUUUAAACUUACUUUGGGUAGUAUAUCUAUGUGCCGGGAUUUUAGGAUUUUUCAUGACUGGUUACUUGCCUGUAGGGUUUGAAAUUGCUGCAGAAAUUACCUAUCCAGAAUCAGAGGGUACUUCAUCUGGUCUCUUGAACGCAUCAGCACAGCUAUUCGGAAUCAUUUUCACUAUAAGCAUGCGUGCAAUGAUGAAUGAAGUCAGCAUUUUUGGUGCUAAUAUUACACUCAGCUCAUUCCUUCUUCUUGGAACCGUUUUAACGGCGUUAAUAGGUGCUAAUUACAGACGACAGACUGCUGAAAAACAGAGAGUUUCAAAAAUAGACUUUCUAGACAUCAAUAUCAUUUCUACAAAAAAUGAAAAACAAUCUGCACAAAAGGACAAUGAAUGCCUUUAGAUGUGUGCUGUUUGCGAUGCAUGAUGCAUGCAAGAAUGAUUUCGAAACAGUCUUCCAUCAUUGACCGAAGAUGUUACAAAUAUAGAUGAAUACUGAAUGGAACAUCACACUGUUACCCAAUACUAACAGAAUCAACUUUUGUACGCUCAUAUCGGUUCCUAUGUGUCAAUUGUACAUGUUUUAUGCCUAAUUCACACAUUCAUGGAUCACCUCGCCGGUUCCACUACGGAUUAAAUCUCACGGAUGAUCCCGGAAUUGCAGUUUCUGUAGUCUGUUACGGAUCCGAUACGGAUGCACAACGGUAUGACUACGGGCUUUCACGUAUUUACCACGGGUGAAGUAGGAAAGGGGUCAUUUGGCGACAUGACUCAUACGGAUUCGUACGGUACGACACGAUUUAAUACGGAUUCGUACGGUACGACACGAUUUAAUACGGAAAUGACACGGUUUAAUACGUAACGGCACGUGUCGGGGCGUAUGUACUGCGGAUAAACAGCGGUUUGCUACGGUAUAAGUAAGAGUUAGUACGAGUAAGAACGGUCCGAUACAGAAUAGUACGAAUCACCACAUUUUCUAAGCCGUCAAUCAUUUCUAUUUUCUUUAUGGCAGUUAAUCGAUGUUUUUGUUUUUUGUUUUGUUUUAUUAAAUCAGUUAUCGCUCUGUCUGUACUAGGUGGUUUUAUUCGUAAUCGUCAGACCAACGGCAUUUAGCAGUUCUUGGAUCAUAUUUGGGUCUAUUCUUUUAAAGUUCUUAAAUGCAGCUGAAUUUUCCGCACACAGUUCAGCCAUGAGGGUCUAAUACUGGCCAUGGAUAAGUCUUCGGAGAAGCCAGUCCCUAGUCCACCAUCUCCUCUGCCGCCGGUCACAUCUACGUCUGUCGUCAAGUAGCUCGACCACUGUCCUUGCAUUUUUUGCCAUAUCAAUAUCUAAUUCCAGUCAAUUAAUUGCAAGCAUCAGUUAUUGAUUGUUCAUGUUUGAUAAUGUUAUGUAUAACUCUACGGCAAGACACAGACUAGGGGCCCUAUAAGUAAGUUAUUUAUACAGAAGCCUGAUGGCAGUUUGUCGUGGGCAGUAAUAUUCCGUAUUUUGUAGAACCCUUGGUGAUCCCUACCUAUCCGUAUUACAACGUUAUGAAAUCGUGCCUUUCCGUGACAAAUUCGUAUCCGAUCGUAGUGUAUCCUUAACAAAUACGUGGUGCAACCGUACUAGUACGUAGUUCUCCGAAACAGACCGUAGAAAUACUUCGGGCAUACGAAUAAGAACGGAUUAAUACGGUUUUAAUAAGGACUAAAAUGGAUCAGUACGUUCAAAUACGGUUUAGUAAUAUACUACGGUUGUUUGAUCCUUGGUCAAAUUUUGCGCAUGUUCAAAAAUUGUCCCGGAUAUAUCAGUACUACUACGUAUGACUACGGACCAAAACAGAUCUUGCCACGAAUGAUGUCGGAUCGCAUCCGUGGCUAAUCCGGCGUCAAAUCCGUGAAUGUGUGACCUAGUCUUAUGCUACAUGUGUUUUUUUGUUGUUGUUUUUUUUGCUUCGCACCGAUCUGUUGAGUUAAGCCAUUUACCACUGAUUUUCAUAGUUUCUUCUUAUGUUGUGUUGUUACACCACUGUCACAUAGUGGAGGGUUAAGCGCAUACAAACAUGUUUAAUCCCGCCACUAUCUUCAUGUUCUUGUCCCAUGUCAGAAGCCUGUAAUUCAGUGAUUGUCGUUGGUUUAUUUCUGACAUACAUGUAUUUUUUUUUUUUUUUUUUUUUUUUUUUUUUGUAAAUUGUAUUGUUAUGAACAUGACCAGAUGACGAAUUAAGCCGUUCGUUUUAUUUUUUUGUAGUUGUUAAUUUCACAUUUGUCCUGUGUUUAGGUUUUUCUCAUUGUUUAAGUCGGAACGGUGGCAUGAAAUUGCUUAUAUCUUCGUUAUUUGAAAUCUGGUGGAUAGUUGUCUCAAUAGCAGUCAUACCACAUCUCCCUAUUUUUAUAUUGAUGCACAUUCAGUUCAAUAAAUUACCCAGUUUAUACUGUUUCGUUGCAUGUUGUUUAUAAAAAGGACAACUGUAGAAGAGGGGCGAAAGAUACCAGAGGGGCAUUCAAACUCAUGUAUGUCGAAAAUAAACAGACAACGCCAUGGCUAAAAAAGAAAAAGACCAAUAGACAAACAACAGUACACAAAACACAACAUAGAAAACUAAAGACUGAGCAACACGAACCCGACCAAAAACUGGGGGUGAUUUCAGGUGAUCAGGAAGGGUAAGCAGAUCUUGCUCCACAUAAUAUACAAGGCUGAUUUUGACACGCAUUUCUUUAGUAUCAAACUUUUAAACUUACAAAUUCGAGUAUCCUUCUUGGGACGUUUACAAUUCAUGUUUUGAACAAUAUUUAUUUAGAUAUGUAUACAACAAUAAAUAAAUUUCAAUAUAUAUGCA